AUGGCAUCUUGUAAGUACUCCCACGACAUCAUCAACGCUGAGAACAAAAAAGUUCUAAAGACUCAUGAGCUGUCUGGCCUCAAUGAGAACGAGCUGCGGGUGCUGCUUCUCCAAAAUGACCCUUUCCUCCUCCCUGAUGUCUGCCAGCUUUACAACAGAAAGAAUGUUACCUGCAGCCAGCAAAACAGCUGUAACAAGCUUCAUAUUUGUCGACACUUUCUCCAAGGGGAAUGUAGAUUUUUUCCAUGCAAGAGGUCCCAUAAUCUCUUGGAUACCCAUUCAUUGAGAGUGUUGGAAACUGGAGGCAUUGAUGUGAACAUAGCUUCAAACAUCCAGGCUAUAGAUGAUCACAAACAUAUGGAAUUCAACAAGGGGAGAACACACAACUACAAACCAAGAGAAAAUUUAUUGGAAAAAAAGGCAGUUACAAGGACUAAAGAAAUGAAGAUACUCUUGCAAACAGUGGACUCCACACUGCACAUGCCACCUUCAGAAGGUAAAUGUCUAGGUCCCAGUAGCAAUGUACCUGGUCAGAGCGAACACCAGUUGCCAACAGGAGCUGGAGGUAAAGACGAAGAUAAAAAAGACGAUUCCUCUGCUAAAGAUUCGAAGGACAACAAAGAAGAUACAUGUGAUGAGCUAUGUGUGUUCUAUGUCUGGAAGUACUGCAAAAAUAAAGAUAAAUGCAGAUUUAUUCAUUACCAUUUGCCGUAUCGAUGGCAAGUAUAUAAUGGGAUCACCUGGAAUGACCUUUCCAUGAUGGAGGAAAUUGAAAAGGCCUAUUGUGACCCAAAAAACAGCAGCAUAGCAAAUAUGAACAUUAAUUUCCAGACAAUGACCUGCUCUUCUUCUUCGCUUCGACGCCUCUCUACACCAUCAUCAGUCACAAAACCCACAUUUGUACUGACCACACAGUGGAUUUGGUAUUGGAAGAAUGACCAAGGCCAGUGGAUUGAAUAUGGAGACCAGGGAGAAGGGGAUAGUGUGAACUCGCCAUCUUCUGACAUUAUUGAGAAUUUGUACCUAGCAGAUCCAGAUGCCAUCGUGUCUUUCCAGGCUGGCUUGUAUCAUUACCAGCUCAGUUUUAAAGAAAUGACCCAGACAAACGUGUCUUUUAAAACUCGAAGACAGGUCUGCAGGCGACCAAAGUUUUUGUCUUCUGAAGAUGUGCAGAAGAUAAAGAAAGGCCAGAGGGAUUCUUCUAUUCCAGAUCAAGCCUGUCCUACCCACUGGGAUCAAUCUGCACUGCCUGAGUUGGGAUACAAGGCAGUAGACAUCAGUAAUACAACCUCUGAAUACAACACAAUAAAGCAGCUGUUUCUUCAGACUAUGAAAAGCUACAAUGUCCUUAAAAUACAGAGGAUUCAGAAUCCAUCCCUCUGGAAGGUGUUUCAGUGGCAAAAGGCGCAGAUGAAAAGGGAAAAUGGAGGGAAGGAAGUAAAUGAAAGGCUCCUGUUCCACGGAACCAAGACCUCCGUCGUGGAAGCCAUCUGCAUUCACAACUUCGACUGGAGAAUUUGUGGAAACAAUGGAACUAACUAUGGAAAUGGAAGUUACUUUGCUAGAGAUGCUUCCUAUUCCCAUACAUACUGUCAGCCUGCGGUGAAAACAAACAUCAUGUUCGUGGCUCGUGUAUUGGUUGGAGAUUAUGUUAAAGGCAAUGCAGCCUACGUUCGCCCCCCGACAAAGUCUGUUGGUGGGCUUCGGUUUUAUGACAGCUGUGUGGACGAUGAGUUAAAUCCCUCCAUUUUUGUUGUCUUUGAAAAACACCAGAUUUACCCAGAGUAUAUAAUAGAGUAUAAGGAGGAAGAAAAAAAAUGUAUUGUAUCUUAGAGGGAUCAGAGCUGUUUGUAUCCCUCAUCUUAUUUUCCAUAUUGCAGGUGUUCUCACACUCGGUGACUUCUUUCUUUUUAAUAUAAUCCUUUGGAAUGUUAAUCCAAAGAAUUUCUGUAUUGAGGAGGGCUGGCAAAACAGAUGUUACAUUUGUUGAGACUAAUUGCCUUGUCUUCUCCUCUUCCUCUCUUAAAUGAAGCAUAGACAUUUGGAUAACCAUAGCAGAAAAAUCAGAAUCAUGGGAUGGGAAAUAGAAUGUCAUGACUUCUGUGGGCAAAUAAUUGUAAAGGCAUUUUCUUAGAAAUAGAGUAGAGAGGAUUUCUCUUUGUGAACAGUUCAGUUAAGAGAAAAAUUAACAGUACAGUAGUUUUUAAGCAAACUCUCAGGUUUUUAGUAGUCAAAGAUCUUUUCAGUGCAGAAUAUGGCUGUCGUUGAUCCUGUUGCCUAUCACAAUUCUAAACAAAUCAGUGUAGGUAAGAAUGACUUGACUUAGUUUUCCAAGUGCUGCUUGUUAGUUUCUGAUACUAGUUUCAAGUUUAAAAUGGUAAAACAAAAAAAUAAAAAGCUUAUUUUAAAUCCAUGUCGUUACGUUCUCAAGUGGAGAAGUUUCAUCUGUACAAUGGCAGCUACUGUUUGGAUCAGGAAAUUGUUGGAUCAAGUUUUUUCUGCAGAUCUGCAGUAACUUGCUGUGUGACCUAUACAAAAAUAGAGCUCAAGUGAAACUGUGAAAGUCACAACCUAUGAAUAAGCAGGGGCUAAAAUUUGGUGGUUGGCUGCAACUAAUGGCUGUAAGUAUAUAAAGGCUGUGUCACAACAAGCCAGGCUUUCAAGUGAAUGUGGCCACGUAUUUUCUCAAUGUGAACAUUUGCUUAGCAAAUGCUAUAGGACAGGAGAAGCAUCUUAAGGAGCAUUGGUAUUUUCUGUCCUAUUUGUAUACGUUAAUUUUCGUUUUUCCAGAAAUCAGACAUGACUGGAAGGGACCGGUUAUGUUCUCUCGAGGCCAGUGGUAGAACUGCUGUCCUAAGGCACUUUGUAUACGUGUUUUGUUGCCCACAUCACAUUGGGCAACUCGCUGACAAGUGUAGUUCCUCGUUGUGUCUUGAGGUAGCUACGGGUGAUCCUGGAUACUGCUUCCCUGGGUCUGCUUUUGAUAAACUUGCUUUGUCUCCAUCAGUGAUGUACAACCCUACUAAUGGUGGUUAAGCCCUCUUUUAUUAAGUUAUAUGCUUUUUAUUGUCCCAAAAAGAAAAUACAGAAACUCAUAUAGAGUUUCUACUGAAUUUUAAUAAGGAGUUUGUAAGUUAAUUGAACUGAAUACCCUCUGUACAAAGAUGUCUUAUUCAGGCAGUCUAGCUGUUAAGAGGGAAACCCUUGCUGAGGACAGAGGAGCAGUAAGUUUUGCUUUCAGAUAAGCUGUACGGUAACAUGAAUAACCUCCCAGUUAUUUGCAUCUUUGAUACAGAUCCGUCAACCACAUGUACUACUCAAAGUUUGCAAGUUACCAAGAGGAUGGGGAAAUAUAUAAAACUAGGAAAUCUUACUAAAAUUCCUGUCUUAGAACUAAAUGAAAACAUUGCAUCAGUAAUGCAUUAAAAGGGGAAGAUUUUACUACUUUUUAAGAUCUCUCUCUUUUGUUUGCCUGUAGUUCCCGAAUCGUUGAGUUUUGCCAUAUUUGCAAAUAAAACGUGUUUUCGCUCACUUUUUGCUCAUUAGUGUGCAGUUUGUCUCCGUACGUAAACUUAACAGCACAACUAAACAGACCUAGUGAACUAGCCACUUAAUACAUGUCCUCAGUGUCUUCCUUUCAUCUGUGUUUCUGAACCGGGGA